AUGGACUCCGUAAGUAUACAAAUCGUCGGUUAAAACGAAACGCCCGAAUCGCGUUAUAUUAUGUACCUAACCUGGGCGUUUAGGAAAAGAAAAAGGAAGACUGCAAAUGCUACGGCAAUUCAAAAUGCGACGUCAAGGCGGAAGAGUCGAAAGCGGCGCCGAAAAAGAGCUGUUGCCCGUGUCCGUGUCCCGUUCAAAAGUGCAAAGUAACGUUAAAGACGGUGGAAAAAUUGGUCGAGGCCGAAAACAAAGACAUCGAACUGACCCAGCUCCUUAGCGGCAUCACGAUACUGGACGAGCGCAGACCGAAAAUUAACAUUGUCAACCCUUACGACGCCACGUCCAAGAGCACCAGGGAAGAACCAGUGAGUAAUCGCAUGUUGAUGCCCAAAUUAUUAUUUUAUAGUUUUCGAUAAAAUCAUCUGCGACACGCAUUGCUCGCAGAAAAAGGACGUGGAUCCGGAAUACUUGGCGUACAUGAUGAAAACUAUCGAGAACGGAUUGAGCAUGAAGUCCGAUCCGAUCGAAGUGUACGAACACCUGUUCGCCAAAGGUAAUCUGGACGCUCCUCUCGUGGCGCUCGGCCCCACCGCCGCCAUGUCCAACGAAGUAAGUGUCAUAAGUCAUACACGAAUAUUUCCGUCCGAAGUCUAAACAAAAUUAUAUUUUCCAUCCGACGGUAUAACCAUAACAAUAAAUUUAGGGCUCGGCACUUUGUGCGCUCAAAAUCCUGAAUAAAAGCAAUAAAAUAAGAAAAAAACGCCUCGGUUGUUUUCGCAAUCGAAAGUUUUUUUUUUUUUUUCAGAGCUCUUUUGACGUUUUUAAGCUAUUUUUUUCUCAGUGGAUUUCAAACGCAUUAUUAAGUGCCGAGCGCUAAAUCGACAACGAUUAAUCGCGCGCGCCCGUAUCUCUUAACGUUUUGUCGGUUUCCCGCGCAGAAUAUGGUCGUGCCUCUGUCGCCGCCGACCGUCGUCAACGUCAUGGACCCGGAACUCGAGAAAGGAGCGCGUCUCGACACCAUCAUUCCCAAGAUGAACGUGGCCGUGGCCGAGGCGUCCACUCUCGGCAGCGUGGACGAGCUGCAGGUUUUGCUGGGCGGCAGCGCGCUCAACGAACAGGUGCAGUCCAAGGUCGACGCGGACGCGCGGGAAGCCAGGGAACUGAUGUUGGAAACGCGUGAGCCCAUCCAAUCGGUGGCCGUGAUCAGGGGGUCGACGGCGCCCAACUGGUUCCCGGGAUAUAACGUGGCGUUGCCGAACACCGGACUUCCGGCCGUCAUGACCGACCCGGAAGCCGUCCUGGAAGAAGCGUGGAUACACAGUCAGCCCCUGUUGUUGAAACUGGAAGAGAAGAGCGCCAAACUCAUUGGGCUGUAA